GUUAGUUUACUCGGCAAAACACUACAAUGUUUUCUCGGUUGACAUUAAUCUUCUUUCUAUUUUUCCUUGUACCCCACUCCCUUCAUGUCUCAGCAAAGACAUGGUGUGUGUCAGAUCCAUCGGCAACAGAUGCACAAUUACAAGCUAACCUUGAUUGGCUAUGCGGUAGUGUAUUAACAUCUAGUUGUGUAAUAAUCAAACCUGGUGGACCUUGCUAUGAACCAAAUACUCUUACUAACCAUGCAUCAUAUAUGAUGAAUGAUUACUACCAGUUCAACGGGGACACUAAAGAGGCGUGUGAUUUCAAUCACUCUGGUCGAAUCGUUGAUACUAAUCCAAGUCAUGGUGGUUGUGUGUUUGCAUAGAAUACAUGGUUUGGUGAAUGAUUUUGUAUUUUCUUACGAAUAUAAACAAUUAUGUGGAGUCAAACUUAUUUCUAAACAUUAUGUAAGGUUAAUAAAUGAAAGUUUUUUUUUUUUUUUGAAAAUAAAAUGGUGGUUCAGCUGAGGUCGAACCAAAAUGAAAGUUAUUUUUCAUUGAGUUUUAGUCAUAUAAUAAGUGUUGCUAUAAAAAAAAGG